CCGGGGUGGGAGGGCAGCGGCGGCGCGGGGCUCAGUGGGCAGGAGUCCUUCUCCGGGGUGGGAUGUGUUUGUUGCUCCUCACGCGUGUCUUGCCUCUCACACGCCACUUGAGCUCGCAUAAGAAAUAAGUUCUCUUGAUACCAGACAGUUCGUUGUGCCAAAGUUGUUAUAAGUUGAUAUGCUGUAGUUCGCUGGCCCAGUGUUUGACUGAUUGCAACAUUUGGUGAUACAAUGGCCAAAAUGGAAAAAUCCGUAAAAGAGGAGGAAAAGAGUGAAGGGGAGGCGGCUAGAGAGAGUGGCAGCGACACGGCGGGUGCGGAAGAUGAAGUGGACACCAACAAUAACAACGAUGACAAAAAUCAAAACGUCCCUCCCAGCAACAAACCGUCGGGAGCUUCAAAUGUCAAGUACCAGCUGAGACCCCGCGCGCUGCACCCGCGGCGCCGCUGUGACAGCGAGUGGAGCCUCCCCGACACGCUGCGGCACAAGCCGCGGCCUCCGCCUCUGUCCCGCUACCGCAGGAAGACGGCCAAUGCGCGGGAGAGGUGUCGCAUGCGGCAAAUCAACACAGCCUUCGAAAGCUUGCGGGGCGUGUUGCCCUCGUGGGUGUGCAGCCGCCGCGCCGCCGCCGACAUGACCAAGAUCACCACUCUGCGACUUGCUUCCGCCUACAUCAGAUCCCUGCAGGACAUCCUGGACGGCAACGCCCCUGAGGACACUUGCUCCUGGGUCCUCUCCAGCAUCCUUGGGGAGGCCGCCCCUAUGCCGGACCCCGAGCCUGGCCGCCCCUGCAGUCCCGGCCGGGCACAGCAGAUACUGGGACUUACUCCUCCCCAGACAGAUUUCGUCUCCUUCCUGUGUUCUGGUGCAGAGUCCCAGGUUCUGCAAGACAACAUGGACUCCCUCUCGUCUCUGUCGCCCAUGUCCGAGACGGAGGCUGUGGCCAUCCUGAUGGGGACGGAGCCCCAGCCCCGCCCCUGGUUGGACGGGCAACAAUCUCCUCUGGUGUCGUGAUCAGCGGGACUCGCGUAUUGCUCACGCGGGAGUGUCCAGCACCGACUUGUCGUGAACCAGAGUCAGGGUGCCACGUGAAGGGCGUGGCUGCUGCUGUUGAUGCUGCUGCUGGAUCUUGUGGAUCUUAUGUGAUAUUACUUGUUUGUACAAGUCAAACUCUACCAGAUACAAAGUGAGGUGUGUCUUUCCUUGUUGUUGUGGGAGCUGAACUCCAAAAACAAACAUUAUAAAGGAAACACGUAGUGCAAAUAUUUAAGUAUAAGUUUUGUGUUAACAGUGUGAACUUAUUCAAGAAUAAUCAUAAACAGUGUCGUCUAGAAUUUCAAAAACAUGAGCACGUACCCACUGCGCGGCGUGACGGCAGCACUGCGUGGCACUAGAACAGUCAUCCUCCUGGACACUCUCGAGGCGCCGCCGUCGCGAGCAAAGUGGGUCCCGCCGUGACUUCCGAGUGUGCCUUGCUGCUACUUCCAUAGGGAACCUACUGCUGUGUGGAGAAUGUUGAAAGUUUUGUCAUUUAUACUUACAUUAUUUAUUUAGUGUUAGAUAGAAAAACUAGAUAGAAUCUUACGGUUUCAUGGGUGAGUUAGGUGAGUUAGAUGUUACUUUGGCCGCUGGUGCUCGGGGGUCACGUGAGUCUGUGGGAGUCACGCCCGGAAGGGGAGGGUCACGGCUGGCGCAGGUGGGACCCUCGUGCGCCGUCCUGCCUCUCCCUUCCCUGCGUAAGUGGUGAGGAGUCUUCUCGCCGAGUCUAUUUUUGUUAGCUUUCUUCAGUAAACUCGGAAUAACGAUACAUUUGUGAUGUUAAGAAUUACUUAAUCUGUAACAUGUCAUUAGUAUUACAUAUAACCAUUCAGUCACGUUAAGGUCAUUUGAUGAAGGCAACAGACUCCAUCAUCCUUCCGGUGGCCUGAGUGGCCCGCCUAGUGUCACGCUGGCCUGGCAGGUCAUUAGUGUUGCAAGGCAGGCGAGACUCCUGGUGUCGUCCCACCACGUGCUUGCAUCGAGUAAAGGAAGUCUACCACUACACAAUCUUAAUCUCCUUCACUAGUUUAUCAUGAUGGCAAUCAAGACAUGGAAACCUUUCUAGAAUAAUUGGUGUCUAUAUUUUGUAUUAAUAGCUACACUGCAGUUACUCGUGUACCUCUAGUGCGUUAUGUGGGGAAGACGAGCAGGGGUGGGAUACACUAAGGUGUCAUCAGGGUACGUGACCGCCCGAGGUACGACAAAGGUGAUACCGGGGUCGUUCCGCAGGGUGGUCUUCAUCAAGAAGCCAUCUUAACCUAAUAUGUACUCUAAGUGUUUCAGUUAUACUAAGAACGUUCAGUUUUCAUUAUCUUCCCCCAAAGAUAUCGGUGCAGGACGUGCCUGAAAACUGUUAGGGAAGUAACACCAAAAUUUCUUUUACAUGAAAAACAACUUAUGAAUUCUUCUCAAAUGUUCACACUAAAUUGUUAACGUAAGGCACUUAGGGAACACACGUCCCGCAGCCCCGGGGUGCACCGGCUGACCGAAGCCACAACCCGCCGUCCCUCCCUCACACUCUAGUCAGCUCGCGUGUGAGGAGCCGCAACAGCAAAAGCAGCAGAAGCAACGACAGCAGCAACAGCAGCAGCAGCACAGCAGCAGCAGCCAGCAUCAAGGAGUCCAUGUAACCACAGCGUGCCUGGCCGAGUGUUGCUGCUACUGCACAACAAAUCCGUCAACACAGAUGUGCAUAGAAACAAAUCACUUUUUUAAUUAUUACCUGUUUUGAACAAAUGAGAUCAUCCUCUAAAACGGUGUUUUGUCUAUAGCUAACCAAGCAGUGAGAAAACUCAUAUAUAUAUAUAUAUAUAUAUAUAUAUAUAUAUAUAUAUAUAUAUAUAUAUAUAUAUAUAUAUAUAUAUAUAUAUAUAUAUAUAUAUAUAUAUAUAUAUAUAGUAAUCUGUUCACAGUACCUUCAACAUGGAAGAAAAUGUUUUCAAAAUUUGGAUGACAAGAAGUUCACGGACAGAGAAACACUGAUAACGCUUCGGAGAGACGCGGUGAACCAGUAGAGUAAGCGCUUCCCAUGACAUUUGCAUAACAUAGUGUGUAUAUAGAUGAGUUUUGUGGUGUUUGUGAGAAAAGUAUUGUAGUAGAUAAAUAUAUAUGGAUUGUUUGUAAAUAGAGUCGUUUGUUCACUGAGAGGGUUUAUGAUGUUACACGUAUGUAGAAUAAACGGGGUUUCUUAGUA